UCGAAAUUGUGUUGAAAUUAUUUGAUAUUCAAUCCAGAAGCCAAAUUUAGCUGGGUUUCUAUUGAGUCUUUUCGUUGAAUUUGAAUAAAAAUGCCACGUGAAGAACGCAAACAACACCGCCACAAAUCUGGUUCACGACAAAGUGAUUCUUCGGUGAAGCAUAAUGUGCGUGCUUUUCGCCGCACACCAUCACUAUAUUGGGAUGUUCCACCACCGGGUUUUGAACAUAUCACUCCGCAGCAAUAUAAAGCAAUGCAGGCAUCUGGACAAAUUCCUGCGUCAUCAGUACCAGAUACACCUCAAGCUGCUGUCCCCGUCGUUGGUUCAACAAUAACACGCCAGGCACGCCGCUUGUAUGUCGGCAACAUACCAUUCGGCGUUACGGAAGAGGAAAUGAUAGACUUUUUUAAUCAACACAUGCACUUAUCGGGUUAUGCCCAGGCAGCGGGAAGCCCAGUGCUUGCUUGUCAAAUCAAUUUAGACAAAAAUUUCGCAUUUCUUGAAUUUCGUUCAAUCGACGAAACUACUCAGGCAAUGGCAUUUGACGGGCUUACUUUUAAGGCACAAGUCUUAAAAAUACGCCGUCCACACGACUACCAGCCGAUGCCUGGCGUAACGGAUCCACCUGGAGGAUUUAAUAUGGAUUUUAUGCCGGGUGUCAUCUCCAAUGUGGUGCCUGAUUCGCCACAUAAGAUAUUUGUUGGUGGAUUACCAAAUUAUUUAAGCGAUGACCAAGUUAAGGAACUUUUGCUAUCCUUUGGUUAUCUGCGCGCAUUUAAUUUAGUUAAAGAUUCCGCAACUGGAUUAAGUAAGGGUUAUGCAUUCUGUGCAUAUGCGGACUUAAACGUAACUGAUCAAGCAAUCGCUGGUUUAAAUGGAAUGCAAUUGGGAGACAAAAAACUAAUUGUGCAACGAGCUAGCGUGGGUGCUAAAAAUGCAGCGCUUAACAUUUUAGCCACACCCGUAACUUUACAGGUUCCAGGCUUAACAACUGUAAUCAGUGCUGGACUAUCUACUGAAAUUUUAUGCCUGUUUAAUAUGGUAACACCUGACGAGCUACGUGAUGAGGAAGAGUACGAAGACAUCUUAGAGGAUAUCAAGAACGAGUGCAAUAAGCAUGGAGUUGUACGCAGUAUCGAAAUUCCACGUCCAGUUAAAGGUGUAGACGUACCUGGUUGUGGUAAAGUGUUUGUGGAAUUCAACUCUAUACUUGACUGUCAGAAAGCGCAACAAGCCUUGACAGGACGCAGAUUUAGUGAUCGGGUUGUAGUGACUUCAUAUUUUGAGCCAGACAAAUAUCAUCGCCGAGAAUUCUAAUUACAU